AUCUAACCUAAGAAGAAUCUAGCCAUGUCAAGCAGGGAAAGGAAGGCCCCUGACAGUGCUGGCAGGCACCCAAGGAUGGAUGCAAAUCUCUCCUCAGAUGACAGCCAGAACCCAGAUGCAAUUGCUGCAGACAACAUCGAAGUCCUUGAUGCCGAUACGGAGGACAUUAUUUCCUCAGGAACAGAGGGGCAACAGGCCAGGAAGAAAAUACAGGAUUUUUUCGAAGGACUCGAAGAGCCAGUUAAGAACGUUCUUCAGGAAAACAGAGAAAGAUUCUCAAGGAUCAUGACCUCAUCUUUCCAUGCCAUGGAGGUCAAAGUUAAGGAUGUUCUGAAAACCCAGUGUGAACAAAGGCAGAAACUUUAUCAAGACUAUACUCUUCAGGUUACAAAUUUGAAUAGGAGGUUAACCACGGAUGCAAACCAAGUCAAGAAACAUGCUGAAAAACUCUCUAAUAUGUUUAUGGAGCAACAGAAGUUUAUUCAUGAAUCUCUCGCUCUUCAGAGGUACAGAAUGGAGGAAUUUAAAUCACUGUGUGAAGAAUACUUGGAGAAAUUCGAGUUGAUGAGGGAUUCUCGGGGAAAUUCCAUUGCUGAAGAGCUGAGAUGUCUCAUAGCCACCUUGGAAAGAAAACUUCUGAUGCUGCAUAGACAGCAAGAGACUUCUGCAGCUCCACAGUCUCUCCUGGAUAUGUUAUUCUCAUAAUACUUUGGAGCACAAACGUCCAUAUGAGGGGAGCAGAAAUAAGUCAGAGUGAAGCUGCUUGUGGUGAUGUUUGCAGCUUCAGCGGCUAGAUCUUCGAGUGUCCUCCUCUUGGUCCUGGAGAUGCCCCUUCUGUUAAAAGCUAAAUAAACCCAAGGAGUUGUGUGACAGCAGUGCAAAUAUGUCUAUAGAAAGCUCCAGCUCUCGGGUAGAAAUGGCAGGCUUUCCUUGGUAGCAUAGUUAUUAAGGGUUAGUGCACGUUGGUGUUGAUAUAGUGGAUUAACAUACCUGAGCAUCAUUUCACCAAUUAGAAGGCACACAAUUGGGCCAUCGUUGUCUUGUCCAGAUAAACAAUUAAAGAAGAUGCAGUCUUUCUUUCACAUUCUGCCCUUAAUUGUGUUCUGUGAUGGAGCCUAUGGAACUAACCUUAAGCUCUCAAAGGCAGUGUGCUCUUAAAAAGACUGUGCCUCAGAAACUAGUAGUUAAACUAGUAGAAUUCAGCAAACCUCCCAAGUAAGAAAGAUGUGAGUAAUGUGACUUGAAUCUGUGGAAAUGUCAUUUGCAGACAACAUUUACAAGUCUUUCAAUUAAAUGUGUCUGUCACACUAAGAGGUGA